AUGAUUGAGCAGCUAGCCAGGUACCCUGAAACCAACCACUUCGUCGCCUCCAAGAGUGUGGUUGGCCCUUGGAUAGCAACUGGCGUCACCGGGUACAGCGCGGAUCAGAAUGGGCUGCUCUUUAUCAAGAGGGCGGUGCCCAAUUUUGGGCAGUUUCAGCUGCGCGUGCCCUGCUUUGGCUGGAGCACAGAUCCUGAGGAGCCGGCAGCCAUCUGCCAGUGGAAUGGCGUGGGCUGCAAUGCAGCCCUGCAAGUCACCAGCAUCGUUUUUCCCAGCAACGCCUCUCUGCUGACAGGGAAUCUGCCGCCUGAGUGGAGCAGCCUGAACAUGACUGUCAUCAACCUUGAUCAAAAUCAGCUGGGGGGCACCAUUCCUGCGGCGUGGGGCUCGAGUUCCUCGUUCAACUUCUUGAGAGGUCUGCACCUGUACAGCAACUCCCUCUCUGGCAACCUGCCAGCCGCAUGGAAUACACCGUACACGAUGCCCUCUCUGGAGGUCAUGGACGUUGCAAAUAAUAAUCUAAGCGGCACCCUGCCCACUGGCUGGGGCGGGCCCCAAUCCGUGCUCAUCACACAAGGCAACCGCUUCUGCGGCCCGAUGCCCCCCUACGAGGUGCUCAGCUGCGGGCUGCUGCAGGACAGCUGCAUCCGAGGCCAGGGUGUAUCUCCAACCUGCCCUGCGCCGGCACCGGUGAUCCAACAUGCAGCAAACACUUCUGCGCCCAGCGCCAGUGACAUGGCGCUGAUGCUGAAGCUCAAGGCGGCCUUCUCAAACUUCGACGAGGCGGUGAGGUCAGGAGAUGGGAUGUGGGAUCCUGGCCUGCCCAUGUGCGCCAGCUGGCGGGGGGUGACAUGCUGGCCAGACGUCUACGUUCGCAGUAUCACCCUCAGUAUUCCUGCGCUCACCCCGCCCCUGCCAGUUCCGGCUGCUGACAAUACCUCGAGCGCGCAUGGCUCUGUGAACCACCAGCUAGCCGGAAACAUUGGAGUUGUGCUGUUGGCUGCCUCAGACCUCCCGAGACUGACAAAGCUGGACUUUACAAACCAGUUCCUGACAGGGUAUCUCCCCGCCAACAUGAGCUUCCCCUGGCUGGAGGAACUCACCCUGAUCAACAAUGACAUCCAUGGGUCUCUACCGGAAUCGUGGGGGAAUGAGGGGGCGUUCCCUGCGCUGCGGCUGCUGGCGCUGGACCUGAAUUGGCGCCUGGGGGGACCCCUGCCUGAAAACUGGGGGAACUCCAGCGGCAGCAUGCGCAAGCUGGAGGUGCUGACUCUGGGAAAGUGCAACUUCACAGGAAUGUUGCCGGUGACCUGGAAGGACAAUCUGCCCAUCCUGAGCAUUGUGGACCUGAGUUACAGCCAACUCGCAGGCGGGCUGCCGGGGGAGUGGCUGUGGAUGGAAGCGCUGGGCUCACUCAUCCUUGUGGGCAACAACCUGAAUGGCACGCUGCCAGAACAGCAGCCGCCACAGGGCGGGGAGAGGGCGUGGCCCUUCCUGCAGGAGCUGCACGCCGACCACAACUUCCUGCAGGGCUCGCUGCCUGCCUCCUGGGGCGCCAACAGCUCCAUGCAGGGGCUGCGCAACAUGUCGCUGACAUACAACAACCUCUCUGGCAGCAUCCCCGCCGCAUGGGCCGCUGACGCAAAUGGAAAACCUCAUUUUGCCAACCUCCAAGCGCUCGUGCUGCAACCUGGCAACCCUGGGCUGUGCGGACCCAUACCGUCUGGUGUCCCUGUACAAAUGGGCCAUGAUGGCGGCUAUGACAUCACCCAGGUGGACAAUUACGGGCCAGCCUCUUGCCCGGGAGACAACGCCACAUCCGCCCAUGCGCCCGCGCCAGCUGUCGCCACCUCAGCAGCUUCCGGUGGCUCCUCCAUUGGCACCGGAGUCAUCGUGGGAAUCGUGGUUGGCGUCUGCGCUGGAAUUGCAGUGACCGCUGCGGCCCUGGCGUGGUUUCUCAUUGACCGGCGCCGGCGGCUGCGCAAGACCUCCAGCACACCGCUCGUAAGCUCGCACAAGGACUAUUCCCUGGGUGCCAAGGCAGCUGCGAUGAUGGCUGUGCAUGAGCCAGCGCUGCACGACUCAGACUCCAUGUUACCUCCUCCGGACGACCCACGGCACAGCUACGUCCCUUUCAUGAAAGCCCCUUCCAGCAUAGCCUCAGUCCCCCUGACCGGCUCAGGGGGAAGUGAAUCGAGCGGGCGACUCAGCAGCGCCCAGGGCGUGUCAACACCUGGCACGAGGUCGUCUGGUGGCAAUCUGGCCAUGCAGUCCCUGGUCGGGCUGAAGGACUGGGAGCUCGAUCUGGACGCGCUCAAGGUGGAGCUAGACGAGGAGGGCAGGGAGGUGGAGCUUGGGAGGGGGGCCUUUGGGGUGGUGGUGAAGGGGACGUACAGAAUGGCGCCGGUGGCAAUCAAGAGACUCAAGGACCAGUCGUUGGGGCAGCAACAAGCCUUCCUCAACGAGAUGAGCAUCCUGCGCGCAUGCCGGGGCAGCCGCUACAUCAUUCCUCUUGUGGGCGCCAGCCUGCUGCCGGGCAACACGAUCCUGGCGAUGGACUUCAUGGAGAAUGGGAAUCUGUGGGAGGCGCUGCCCAGAAUUGGGCGCAGCGGGCAGCCCAUUUUCCAGUGGUACAACCGCGGCAAACGGGUUGCACAUGAGAUCGCCCUUGGACUGCAUUUCCUGCACGAGCUCAAGGUGGUUCACCUGGAUUUGAAGAGCAGCAACGUGCUGCUGGCGGCUGACGGCACGGCCAAGAUCAGCGAUGUAGGUCUGUCAGCGCAGAUGGACCAUUCCCACAUUUCAUCCAUGCCAGUGGCGGGCACAUGGGCGUGGCUCGCGCCUGAGGUCAUCCUUGGAGGCAAGGUGACAAACAAGGCGGACAUGUUCAGCUUUGGAGUUGUGCUGUGGGAGAUCAUCACUCUGGAGCGGCCCGUGUGGCAGGGCAACCUCAGAGAAAUCAGGGUGCCAGAAGAGGCGCCGCAGGAGAUAGCGCACCUUGUGUUCCGGUGCACGGGGCAGCCGGAGGAGCGGCCGAGCGCGGCCAACUGCGCUGAUGUCAUCAAGGGGCACUUACUAGUGGACGCCAGGUCAUCGGGUGACAGCUCCCAGCCGAGGCGGACAGGCAGCAGUGCCAGCCACCCUGCCAGUGGCAGCAGUGCUCCUGGUCCCCCCAGUGGGAGCAGUGCUCAGGGACCCCCCAAUGGGAGCACCGCUCCUGGCUCGCCCUGA